AUGGCGGAAAAAACAUUUAAUUUGACUUGGAACAAUCAUUUAGCGAAUCUCUCGGGGCUCUUUGAAGGUCUCUACAAGAGUGGAUCCUUGACAGACACUACUCUAGCUUGUCAAGGUGGAAUGCUACGUGCCCACAAGCUGGUUCUUGCAGCAUGCAGUCCUUACUUCGAGAGAGUAUUCAAGGAACACUACGGUGAACAGCCUAUCCUCAUACUCAAAGGUGUCCCCGUCGAAGAAAUGGAAUGUCUACUGGAUUUCAUGUACCGCGGUUCGAUAAAUGUCGCCGAAGAUCAUCUUCCCUCGCUCAUUAAAACCGCAACAGACUUGGAAAUUCGUGGACUUUCUGGUGACAGAGGUGAAAGUAAUAGCAUGUUUUCACGCGUCGAAACCCGCUUGCAGUCUACUCAUGACACUCGACACCACUCGUCAAUGGACUAUAGAAAAUCACAAACCGGGUUCAUCACGGGACAGAAUUCCAAUGACGCAGUUGGGGAAAUUAAAACCGAAGAAUUUGAGGUAGAGGAUGAUCCAAUGGUGAUGGAAAAUUUGGAUGAUAGUUAUGAGUCGAUUCCAGUUUCUAAAGGCCAAAUUAAACAUGUACCAGCGCCAAUGUAUAAACGUCACAAUACACGUUACGAUGGACAGAAACGCGUACCGGUUGGUCGAACAAUUAGAGACAAUGAAUUAUCGCGUCGUCAAGUAGAUGGUACGUCAUCAAGAAAUUCACCAAAUGAAGAAGCUUUUGACAAUGGAUCUGACAGUAAUAAAUUAGAUCAUAGUUUUAGCGGCAAUGGAGAUCCAACGAGUAAUAAAAAGAUAACCGAAGCCUCUAAGACAGGUUUACAGCGUAAUAAAGCACAGUAUAAGCCGUUCCCAUGUGACCUUUGUACUCUUGCAUUUACGCGAGCGUCUCACCUGGCAAGACAUCGAAGAGUCCAUACCGGUGAGCGGCCGUUUGCGUGCAGUAUCUGUCCACGUAUGUUUGCUCGUCAGGAUAAACUGAAGCAACAUCUUGACUCGCAUCUCCAGUGGCCGCGGCGGAAAGCUCUGUUGCCGGUACUGGGUGACGGACAGCACCAACAGCAGCAGGGUGUCAACACUCUAGCUGGAAGAGGAAAACGCGGACGACCAAGAAAGGUGAACACGAUUGCUACACCGCCAGUAUCCAUGGAGCAGUCUGCUAUGGAAGAAAUACUUAAAUUUGGCGAAUUCAGUUCUAUGCUUAACAAGACCCAAUUAACGAGCACCACAGUCACCAAACCAGGCCAGCAGCAACGACAGGGAGACUUAAAGAUUGAUAGUGUUACGGAAGGUAUCAAUUCCACGGUUGCCAAAGCUGAUAGUCACGGAUCGCAAGCUGAUAAUAAUUAA